UCUCGUUAUUAUUAAUUAUCUAGGUAAUGAAGUGUACUUGGUAACUUGUUUGGAGAUUUUGGCAUGCGCAUCAUCUAGGUCCCCCAAAAAUAAUGGUUAUGGGUAUGCGCAAAAGCUCAGAGUUCAUCCUAAGCUUCUUGAGUUAUCUCUUUCAGACCUGUCCACAAUGGCCGAGUGCCGCAAGUCUGAGCCGUUGUUCUUUAAACGCUCUUCUUUGGCGCAAAUAGAUACGGCACACAGAGUAUGUAUGGCUACUCUCUUGCUAAUAACGUCAUCCGUGGCUGUUGCCUCUGACUUGUUCUUCUGCGGCGUCAUCAAACCCGUAUUGGAGUCGUUCACGGGUUUGGGUUGCAACCCUUCCAACCACUACGGAACAGCAGGCUUCCGUGUUUGCCCUUCGUCUGGUGACUCCAAUAGAGGCAAUGGAAUUUUCAUGCUGUCUAUGGUGGCACUGUGUACUGGGCCUGCUUCUACCGCGACAUCCGGAAUCGGCUUUUGUCAUUCGACAUCGAAGUAGCCGAGAAAAUUAUCGCGAGUACCAGGCACUCGAUUCGUACGGAUGUUGAUUCUGGUAGCAGUUCGUCGGUAUAACGCCAGAUACUCCAGAAUGAUAAUUGGAUGCAAUCUCCUAGGCCGUA